CCUCCUCCAAUGGAAGGCGCCGGCGAGUUGUUGUUACAGAAAAGGCUACUGCGUGCGUGCGGCUGCCGAGAUCUGGAUUCCGGGUUGAAAAGUGACGCGAUUUCAAGUCACCGAGUCUUUACUGCUCUCCUGCUCCCGGUCAGAUGUCGGAGGUGCGACAGGUGUCGGUGGAUCAGCUCCUGACCCUCUCGGGCGCCGCGCUGGCGGAGGCGCUCUCCUCCCUCCUGGAGACGCCCGGGCUCUACGUCUUCUCCGACAUCCUGGAGCUGCCCAACGUCAGAGAGCUGGAGUCGGGACCUCAUGCCCCAGUCUACCAGCUGCUCAACCUCUUCGCCUACGGGACGUACUGCGACUAUAAAGAGAACGCAGCCUCGCUUCCUGAGCUAACUCCUGCCCAGAAGAACAAACUCCGGCACCUCUCCAUCAUCAGCCUAGCCUCCAAUCUCAAGUGCCUCCCCUACUCCCUCCUCCUGCAGCAGCUGGAGCUGAAGAAUGUGAGGGAGCUGGAGGACCUGCUCAUCGAGGCCGUGUACAGCGACAUCAUCCAGGGCAAGCUGGACCAGCGCAACCAGCAGGUGGAGGUGGACUGCAGCGUGGGGAGGGACCUGGGCCGCCACGAGCUGCCCAACAUUGCCAACACCCUGCAGGAAUGGUGCUCAGGCUGCGAGGCCGUGCUGUGCGGGAUCGAGGAGCAGGUGACCCGGGCCAACCAGUACAGAGAGAACCAGCUGAAGGUCAAAGUUCAAGUGGAGACCGAGGUCUCCAACCUGCAGAAGACCCUGAAGGCGAGCUCCUCCUCCUCGUCCUCUGGUCCGGCCCCUGCCGGAGCAGCGACCAAUCAGGACCCUGACCAGCCAGCCGGCGAGCCACGAGACCCCGCCUCCUCCCAGGAGCCACGGCAACCGGGCAAAAAGAGUUCAAAGGUCAAAGGACUCCGUGGCAGUGGGAAGAUUUGGUCCAAAUCAAACUGAAGACGCACGACAUGACAGGAGCACAUACACAGAGCCGAUUGCACUCGCAUGGAUCGCCCACUAACCCCGACUGAAGGAUUUGUAUUUUAGUCCAGUUUGCACCGCGUUCUAGAUUUUACCUUGGUUUCGAAUUCAUCCAGCGCGGGCUCGAUUUUUUUGUUUUUUUAAGCCGUCCGUGCUAGAGGUUUAAAUUGGCUCGCGACCGCAGCGCGCGCGCUGUACGCUUUGGCGGCCUUGAGAGGCAGGAAGAAGAUCCACCCGGAAGGAUGGAGCUAUUCAGCUGUGUUUGAGUUUUUUUCCGCCUCCCGAGUUGUUUUUCAGUGAUUCCGCUCAAUAAACCCCGGUCUGCGCUUCGCCGCGUUCUCUUUCGUCCUUGUUGGUGCGGCGGGCCCCCAGGGACGGGCAGCAGGUCAGUGGCAGGACAGCACGAGGGGAGGUGGGAGACGCACACGGUCAGAAAGGGGUCGCUGGCACUGACCGGCCGCCCGGCCAGUGAUCGAGGGCUGUGUUGAACAGCGGGGGUUAGUGUGAUGGUCGGUGGAACGCUUGUGUGUGUUGUUGUGAUUGGGUUGUUUUUUUUUUAAUUGUAAUGUUUCAGUUUUAAAGGCCGGUUUUCGGCGUUGUCAAAUAAAGACUGACUCUCUGAGGGGUGACGAC